ACGUCUGAUUGCCAUAAUACUUCCGGUUAAAAUGUAGUGGUAAUAAUUGGUAUUGAUUCUUCGUGUGGGCUUUCUAAGAGUGAAUUACAAUCGUACUGCUCAAUUAUAUUUUAAGUUGCGUUCGUGUUUAUGUUUUUCUAGUUAAUUUGCCAUAUGAACUGGCAGCUUAAAUUGAAGCCUGUGCCUUUAAGAGUAAGCGCGGAAGUACAGUCGGUUACAUUGUAAAUUACACAGGAAGGUCAUCCACAUACUAGAGAAUGUGAGGGAUCCACAGUAUCGGAAUGAUGUUGCGACACUGAAGCUAGCAAGAGAUCCUCAUCACCGCUUUUUGCCAUUUACAUUUAGCCUUUAGACUUUGACAGGGACUUCCUUGUACAGGCGUAGGUUGUAGCUUGGAUUGAAAAAACGAGCACUGCACUCAUUACUAAAAUCAGAUGGCUGUCUCUAAAUGCACUAGGCUUAGCGGUCCUCUGAUCCAAGAGCUGCUGGAUUCGGUAGACAAUUUUCUGUUUGAUUGUGAUGGGGUUAUAUGGCGUGGGGAACAGGCCAUCCCCGGCGCCCCAGAGGUGACCAAUUUACUAAAGAAGAACGGCAAACGCGUGUUCUUUGUCACCAACAACAGCACCAAAACGAGGGAGAUGUAUGCGGAGAAAAUGGCAAAACUGGGGUUUCUGGCUAAAACUGAAGAGGUGUUUGGCACGGCAUAUUGUUCGGCGGUGUACCUAAAGAACAUCGCUAAACUAGACGGGAAAGUGUACAUUAUAGGCGGCAAUGCACUAAGCAAAGAGUUACAGAAAGUUGGUAUUCAGACAGUAGGGGCCGGUCCAGACCCAGUCUUUGGUGGGCAAAGUGACUGGGCUGAUGUUCCUUUGGACCCCGAGGUGAAAGCCGUGGUUGUGGGGUUUGAUGAGCAUUUCAGCUACAUGAAGUUAUCCAAAGCGCUCAAAUACCUCGACAAUCCUGACUGUCUGUUUGUGGGCACUAAUACUGAUAGCAGGCUGCCCUUGGAAGGAGGAAGGGCAGUGCCAGGCACGGGGUGUUUGGUCCGAGCUGUGGAAACAGCAGCCCAGCGCAAGGCUCAGAUCAUUGGCAAGCCAAGCCACUUUAUGUUUGACUGCGUGGUCAGUGAGUACGGGAUUGAUCCGGCCCGGACAGUGAUGGUGGGUGACCGGCUGGACACUGAUAUCCUGCUGGGCUUCAACUGUGGCCUGAAGACCGUGCUGACCCUCACUGGAGUCUCCAAUCUGGACGAGGCUACAGCCUACCAAGAGAGCCAAUGCCCUGAGCGGACAGGCAUGGUCCCGGAUUAUUACGUGGAGACCAUUGCUGACCUUUUGCCGGCCCUGCAGGGAUGACAAGGCUGUACUCUCACUUAGUGAGCUUUCAGAACAACUGUACCCGCACCCAUUCAGGCCUGCCUACAGCGAAAGUUUACAAAUGAGGACUCACCUGAUUUAAAUAUUUAGUAAUAGAAAAUAUCUUUAGUAAUAUUAUUUUUAAAAUUCUUUCAAACGAACGUGAGGUAAAUACAUUUCUCAACCAUCAUUAGUACUGUAUUGGUAAUACUGAGAAAACCUAGAAGGCACAAUCAUUGAAGAUAGUCUUGGUAAAUUCUUUAGGGCAUAGAUAUUUAGACCGAGGCAGUCAUGUAGGAAUGUACCAAUAACAAACAACUUUAAUACUUUAAGCUUUUUAGUUGCCCCAAUUUCAUAAACCUGCACUUUCAGUUGUAUUUUUAUCAGUGUUGUGAAUACAUUGGUAGUGGGCAGUGGUAUUUAGAUUCUUAAGCUAGUAUUAAUGAUCUAGUUUUAGUAUAAUCAAUGCUGUAUCUGACUUAAAUGUAAUGGAAUUGUGUGUUUGUAGAAAGGCAGUCUAGCAGGUUUAUUCUUGUUCCUCAAUAAAAUAAGAGCACCUCCAUGUCUAACCCUUAGGUCCAGGGUCAGCAACAGACCAGGUUUCAUACAGUAUUUCCCAUUUAAUGAUGAAGUCAUCCCUAAUUUAAACAGCCAUGGCUGGUUUCAUAGGCCCAGACAAGCAUGAAUCUUGGACUACCUAAUGUUACCCAAGGUAAAGUGGGCCAAGAUGAACGCUAAUCUGGCUCUGUGAAACCAGCCGACAGUCGUAAAAUACGUUUAAGAAAGCCUUACAGUCUUGUUGAUGAUCCCUCCUGCCAGCAGCAAAGACUAAAGCAGCCAUCUGCUUUGGGAAAAGACAUAUGCGUUCAUCAGUGUGGCUUUGUAAAGGUGGUCUUUUACACACCUGUGGUCAUAUUAUCUACCCUAGCACUUCAGCAGGAAAGAAACUGAAGUGUGUGUGUGGCAGCUAUUAGGAUUACAUGUAAUGUAAAAGACAGACGUCUAUGAAAAUCCAGACAAUUCAUAUAGAGCAAUUUUGUGCACUGUUGUUUCUUUCAAGUGUUCUCUUAUAAUCGGAUGACAGGAUUUUAGCCCAGGUGGGGCCAAAUCAACAACAUUGAAAUAAAAUACAGAGCAGUAGUUUUGUUUUAUUUAUUAAAAGUAUUGAGAUGUAACAUUUCAUUUAUGUUUGCGGUUUUCAUUUUAUUGGUCAAAUACUGACGCUGGCUUGAAAUUGCUGUAUGGUUGGGAAAAUGCUUAUUUAUCACACAUAAAACAAUUUUUGACAACCGUGUGUCACGAAGAUUUUAGCAACCUGUGAUAUUCUUUUGCAUCUUUUAUGACUACAGACCCAUUAUUGUAUGUGAUUGUAUAUGGGUAUAGUCAUUGUGCACAAUACAACAGCCUUGAUGAGACUAGUACUGUAACCCUGAUUCUGUGCUAUACAUGUAUAAUACAUAUGUGUGUUCAUGUCCAGUGUAAGGAACUGUGUGCAAAGAAAAUCCAGGGGAAAAGAGAAUGAAACAAAUCUUGAAAAGUGAAAAUAACGGUCACUAUAUUUUAAACAUAAAAAGUAUUUUAGUAUUUAAAGAUCACUGUGCACCAUAUAAAACUGUUUGUAGAAUGACUACUAAAGGAUGGUAUAAAAUAAUUCUGUGUUAUAUGUUAAAGCAUGAACAGCUGUGCAGUCUACUUGAAUUGGACAGUGUGCUGUAAAACUCCAGUGAUGUGUUAUGUCCAGAUGUUCAGAUUUUCUUUAGUGUGUAGCAAUCCAUAAACACACUGUAUUCCAUUUAGAACAGUAAUUACCUAUGCAAUAAAAUAUCUGAUAGAGUACCACUAA